UACGCCUCUAUUUAAUAUUUUUGUUUAUAAUAAUAUUAUGACAUAAUGUAUAUGAGUUUUGUAUUGUAGUUGAGUGAUUACGUGCGCUCGACUUUGUUUAUAUUAGUGUCUGUUCUGUAUAUAGAGUAGCGCAUGAUUAAUAACAUCUGAUGUAACUGAUCGACACUGAGUGAUGUAACUGAUCGAUACCGAGUGUGAUUCGAACACACUGAAAAACAAUUGCGUCAUUUAUUCCAAAUGGCACUGUUUAGAGUAAUGACUAGAAACGCGUAAAUAAACGAUGUAAAUUAUUAAUGAUCAUUUAGAGAAAUUUUGGAUAAAAAUUACUCUAGAAACAAAUGUUUGCGUUUAGCUUUAAAAGACAAUCGACAAGAUGAAUAUCUGUCUCAGAGAUUUUUAUAUAAGGCGCGUUUCAGAGGCUUCAGGGCAUGUCGCCAUCUUCUGGUAUAAAUGAGCAUUUGUAUCGAUUAUAUCGAUUACAUUAUCCAAUCAAAUGGAUUCGUGCGACUUCGAUAUCGCAACGUCAAUGGCCAGCGAACUUGACUUCGUCAAGAAUUGAUGCCAUCUAUUUCAUUUCGCGAAAGGUGACUCAAAGUUUGUGUCUGACAAAAGUAUUUAUAAUCGUCCAGUAUAUUUUCAACAUGUCCGAUGAAAAGGAUGUUCCUGCACCCGACGAUAGGGAUGUUUCUAUGAUUAGCGAAUACGGUACUCCUGAAAAUUUAUCGUUCCGUACCGAGAAUGUUACGCCGCAGAACAUGUGCUUCACGCCGAUUAAAUCAAACGUUCUGGAGAAAACACCCCAGCAGGAGGCUACAGAAAUAUACUCCUCGCCGUUGUUCGAAGAGAAUUUUCUACAAUGGAGAUGCAUCGACCGUUCCACGACGACGCCAGCUGACGUUUCGCUCGUGUUAAAUACCCCCAAUGUUGCCACACCGAAGAUAUCCGCGUGCGACAUGUCGUUGAUCACGCAGAUGAGCAAGCUCUGCUUGUUUACCCCGAAAAACAUACGUUCGCCCGCCUCGACAUCAACGGAAACGGAGACUACCUUGUUGAACAUGGAAUGUACGCCUGAGAAAAGCAUCGAAGGAGCAGAGAGAAACGCGAUUCUCGAUCGCGACGAGAUAAAGGACGAGUUCACGGAGGUCACCUCCUCCGAUUACUCGACCAUGCGGUUGGAGAUGAUGGACAAGGAUUCGUCGUCGAAGAUAACGUGCGACAACAGUUUGAUCGAUCAGUUUUCCUCAGGAGAGACGCAAAGCGGCGCGAGUCAGGAAGACGUGAGAUUUCCGUCAGAUUUCGCAGAAGCGAAAACAAAGGUUCGUAACUCUGCGGACGCAGAGUCGACUCAUUUGCUUGACGACUCGACGGCGGCUUCGUUGUAUAACCAGCCGAGUACCUUGAAAGACGAUGAAGUGUACGAAACGGAUACCUUCGACACGUUCAACGCUCAGUACAAUCAAAAUAUCGCCCUAACGCGUCGCUAUGUAGAAAAAAUGAUAACCAAGGAGGAUAACCGGAGCCCUUCUGUUGGUUGUUUUCGGCGUUUAUGGUCUCCGAGAAAGACGUCGUCGCCAUGCCGAUUGUUUCAAGAACCGAAGAAAAUUAAAGAGAGAUGUCAAGGCUGUGGAAACGUAAAAACGAGUUUGCCGGAAAAAGCACAUAUCGUGAAAACGUUGGUCGAAAGCCCGCCUCUUAAACUACGUCUUGGAAGGAUGAAGAACAAGCGCGAGGUCCAGAUACCCGAAAGAGCUAAAGAUGUCCCGUUUCCACCGUCGCACAAAAUGACAGUGGCAGAAGUCUUCGACGAACGAACAGGAUCUCCGCGGCCGGAGGUCCUGAAACAACACUUUAUCCUCGAGGGUAGGAUCGACGAGGCUGCGGCUCUUCGUAUAAUCAACGAUGGAGCCGCUCUUUUACGUUCGGAGAAAACCAUGAUAGACAUCGAGGCUCCUGUCACCGUAUGCGGUGAUAUUCACGGACAGUUCUACGACCUGAUGAAAUUAUUCGAGGUGGGCGGUCCACCUUCCUCGACCAAAUAUCUCUUCCUGGGCGAUUACGUUGACAGGGGUUAUUUCAGUAUCGAGUGCGUAUUGUACCUGUGGGCGCUGAAACUGUGCCAUCCCACCACACUCUUCCUCCUCAGAGGUAACCACGAGUGCCGUCAUCUUACGGAAUACUUCACAUUUAAACAGGAAUGUAAAAUAAAAUACUCCGAGAGGGUGUACGACGCGUGCAUGGAUGCCUUCGACUGUUUGCCGCUCGCCGCCCUCAUGAAUCAACAGUUCCUCUGCGUACACGGCGGCCUGUCGCCGGAAAUUCACAAUUUAGAAGAUAUCCGCAAAUUGGACAGGUUCAAAGAGCCGCCGGCGUUCGGGCCCAUGUGCGAUCUUCUCUGGUCCGAUCCGCUCGAGGACUUUGGCAACGAGAAGAACGCGGAGCAUUUCUCCCACAAUAGCGUCAGGGGUUGUUCAUACUUUUACAGUUACGCGGCGUGUUGCGACUUUCUGCAGAACAACAAUUUGCUCAGCAUCAUAAGGGCGCACGAGGCUCAAGACGCCGGAUAUCGUAUGUACCGAAAAUCUCAGACGACGGGCUUCCCAUCGCUCAUCACCAUCUUCAGCGCGCCCAACUAUCUCGAUGUGUACAACAACAAGGCGGCGGUGUUAAAGUACGAGAACAACGUGAUGAAUAUUAGGCAAUUCAAUUGUUCGCCACACCCGUACUGGCUACCCAAUUUCAUGGAUGUUUUCACAUGGUCCUUGCCGUUUGUCGGCGAGAAAGUCACAGAAAUGUUAGUGAACGUGCUGAACAUCUGCUCGGACGACGAGCUGAUGAGCGACGGCGAUGAUGCGCUCGAGGAAGUCGCAGCCAAAGUCGUUGUCCAAAAAAAGAAUGGUGCAGCAGCUAAUCUACGUAAAGAAGUCAUCAGAAACAAGAUUAGAGCCAUCGGUAAAAUGGCGCGUGUCUUCUCCGUCCUGAGAGAGGAAAGCGAGAGCGUGCUGCAGUUGAAGGGUUUGACGCCGACUGGAGCUUUACCGCUUGGUGCAUUAUCUGGCGGCAAGACUUCUCUGAAAAACGCUCUCCAAGGCUUCUCGCCGAAUCACAAAAUUACUUCGUUCGCCGAGGCCAAGGGCUUGGACGCCAUAAAUGAAAGAAUGCCACCGAGGAAGGACGCGCCGCCCACGCCGGUCAACGAGGAGAAACCCGUGACAAAGCCGCCGCCUCCUGCGGGAGACAAGCGGGACCACAACACGCCGCAACCGCAAUCGUGAGCCCCACACUCGUCCAAUCAAGAUGGCGUGGACGGGUCCUAAGAUCCUGGCGCUAUCAUCGUCACCACCGAACAUUUGCAAACCAUUGCUCGUCUCUCCCUUCCCUCCCCCGGUUGUUACAACCAGUGCGCUGUCCAUCGAGGAGUUAGAAGAAGGAGCCAUCGCAAAGAAGGAAGAUCAGGAACAAACAAACGGAUGAACGGACGGACAGACACAUGAUGCGAAAGCGGUUUUUCGUCGAUGCAGUUUCCAACGAGCAUUGUCAUCGGUCCCGGUGCGCGCGCAGCGGAAGAAAGCAAGUCAGCCGAAGUAAAAGGAACCGCACGAUCUAUCGGAAUACAUCCGACCGAGCGUUUCAGCGGGACUUCUCUUCUUCGAGGAUCUGCCUCUGUUUUUUUUUCGCGUACACUAUAUAUUCGCGAAUAGAAAGAACGGGAAUGUUAGCGAUAAUUCCUUCUGCAAUGAGCCGUACGCGCGUGAUGUUCUCCAAUCUCUUUCUCGAUCGUUCAUACGAUUAUCCCUUGUACUCACUUCUCGUUCUCGCUUACUCUGGCUUUCGCAAUUUCUUGCUCUCUAACUCUCUCUUCUCCUUUCUCUCUUUCUCUCUUUUCUUCCCAGCAUCCACUAAUAUCCAUUAUCCGCGUGUUCCUCACGGGUAAUCUAUUUGAUGUACAUACGUGCACGUCUGCACGAAUCGACGAGGAGCGGAACUUUAGAGCGAUAUAUCUUUUAGAUAGAUCCGUUUACGAAUCAACCUCGGAUCGAAUGUUUAUGCACGAGAGAGUAUAUCCCUUUCCUCUCCCGGGCAUUAUUUCUCUCUUUUCUUUUUUCGACGCGAAGAAGCGAGAAAGAAAGAUGGGAACGGAUCGCGCGCGCGGUUACGUUUGUCUAAUGAAAGAUAUCGUACAGUGUGAAAGAGAGAGAAUGAGAGGGAGAGAAAGAGAAAGAGAGAAUGAGGACGAGCGGUCUCCGCCAAAGAAACAAAAAAGGCAGCUGGCCUGUCGUCACGGCGGAGCUUCCGGUUUUAGGAUUUUACUAGGCUCUUAAGAUGUGUCCGCCCUGGAUGACGCAUCCCUCGCGCUACGGGGUGGGGUUACUUAAAUAUUAAGUCGAGCUAGGGCUAAGUCGUAAAUUAUAUAUAUAUAAUUAAUUUACAUAUAUAUUAUAUAUUAUAAUUAAUUAUUAUUAUUAUCAUCAUUAUAUUAUUAAUUAUUCUCAUUAUGUAAUCCGAAUACCGUGUUUUUCGCUGCCGCGCGUGCACACGUUCGUCAUAGUCGCACGGUAUAAUUAACGCGCGAAAGAAAUGUAUGUCGAGCGUGCGCAUCGUUUUCAAUUACGAACAUAAUCUCAUUACGAAUAUAAUCUAUCUUGGCCGUUCUGCCCCGAGGAUUCAUUCGACAUUCUCGUGCAAUAUGGAAGAAAAUAUCUCGUUUUCGUUGUAUCCCGAUUUUCCGGAAUUGCGCACGGCACGGUCAUACUGAGGGAACACGCAAGAUAUUCGUUAUCUAUUAAGUUAUCAUGAUGAAUCGCGUUACAUUAAAUAACGAUCGUCAGAUUUAGUUGGUCUCAAUAGUAAUUAUCACGUCCUUUGUUAAACGCCAUCGAUUACAGUAUCAAGAAUCUCGCGUAUAUUACAUAACAUAGUAUCGGACUCGAAUAUAUUGUCGUCUUUAUUACAUGUGAUCUCUAUGAACUUCCGUUUCGUUACACGUAUAUUUUGUGAUAUCAUAGAUGGGUGAAUAUAAAACUACGUAUAUAAAAAACGAGACGCCAACAAUCCCUUGAAGAGGCUCGAUCGUAUGAACGAGAAAUCCAUAACACAUAUUACAUGUAUAUACGACACGUACGCUCGUUUUAGACAUGUGAUGCAUAUCUCUUGUCCCAACUAGUCGCACAAGAUUUGCUAGAAAGAGCCGUGCAAGUCGAAGUGAUCACGGAUACGCCGAUGAGGCGAUCGUAAUGCGCCACCCGGGCGUGAACUCGGCCAAUGGGCUCGAAAUUAAAAUCCGAUAGUAAGUCAUAAUGGUGCUGAAGAAAUUACGCUAAUACGAAUUAAAGAAAAGGACCACGCGUUUGAAAGAAAUAGCACUCUGCAUCACGCAUGUGUAAGAAUGUUUAUUCUAUUAUUUUUUAACGUGUGCUCCGGCUCUUGUCGUAAUAAGCUGUAAGAAUAGAAAACCGCGCUUUAUUUAUAUAUCUGGCGCCGAAAAUGGAUCCUCGCCGUCGAUAGGCGACAGCGGAACAGAACGGCCGAGCGUGAGACAAAUAUCGGAGAAUCGUAUUGCAAAAAUGACGAAGUGCCGGAAGUUUCACGGGUAUUACAUUUUUGCGAGUUACUUAUUUCGGAUAGAGAGACGAUUCUACGAAGCUAGAAUAAUCGUUUCGUGUAAAAAUGCGAUCGUCGAGACGCUUCCGCUUCGAUCGUUCGCGCUGUCGCGCGUUCAUCGCGCUCUCGCACGUGACGUCCCGAAGAUAAUCAGAAUCGAGAACGGCUUACUCUCGUCUCUCGUAUAAUAUUUAUAGUAAUAAUCGCUCUCGCGAUCGUGUCGCGGGAUUUUAUCGUCGUGUUUUCGCUGUUUUUUCUACCUCUUCUCUAGAAAUCGAGACGUCGCGCCUAGCGAGCUUCGCGUACUGAAUUAGCGUCGACGAGCAGCGCGGAAGAUCGCAAGCCUAAUCAUAUCGGGUAUCGGAAAAGGGAGAAAAAGAUGAGAGAUUCGAAGCAGAGAAGCAUCUUCGGAAGCCGAAUGGCGGCACCGUGUCAGCAUUACGGUCUGAAACAUAAUAAAGGUAAUGAAAGAAUAUUAUAAUAAAAAUGAAAUAAGAUAUAUAUCUCUCUCUUCUCACUACGAUAUAAAAUAUACAGUGAAUAAUAAUUCUAUCUCUCUUUGCUACCAAGUUGUACUUAUUCUUAAUUAAUUUACUUGUACAAAAGAAUGUGUUAAAUAAUAAUGAAAUAUAUAAUAUAAUAUACACACACACGAUUAUAAAUAAUACAUAUUAUAUAAUUAUAAAUAUGAAUAUAUAUAAAUAUACAUAUAUACAUAAAAAAGGAACACUACAAUAUAUACAGGAUAGCUCGGAACUAUCGUCGCUCCUUUCAUCUAUGGAUUCCUUCUACAACUUUUCAUAGAUGAAAAUUUUCAAACUCUUUCACUUUCGAUCGAAUCUUGUAUAAUUCGUAAAAUAUCAAUGUCACAACCUUUCUGUUUAUAAAGAAAAAAACGAAUCUAAAUCGACCAAAGAAUUUCUGGAUGAGGAGUCUCGAUAAUUCCGGGAUACCCUGUAUACAGACGUGUAUACAUAUACAUUACAAUGUUGAUUAUCUGAUAUUAACAAACAUCACGUUAUGAUUACGAUAAUUACUCAUUUAAUUAUGAUUAAUAUUAUUGCCAUCAUCAUUACUGCCGCCGUUGCAAACAUCCUACUUAUUAUUGUUAUCACUUAUUAUCGUUACUAUGGCUAUCACGAAACACGAAGAGCGCGAUAUUUCUCAAGAUGGAAUGGCACGCUGAUUAAAUUAAUAUACAAGCGCGUAUAUGCGAUAUGCGUUGAUACUCACAAUUCUAAUUGUCGCUUGAGCUACGAUACGACGAGGGUGACACGAUAAUGGUGAUACAGAAUGCGAAUACAAGUCGCUCCCGUCUAUCUUUGGUUGUAGAAGCGAUCUAUUCUACGAAGAUAUUACGAAAAAAAAAAAACUACCC